AAGGAGCGACUGAAACAUUUUAAGCAUGGAAACAACAUGGUCAGAUUUGCGUAUCAGAAAUCCUCGGCUCCAGUGUGGAGAAGGGAUUGUGGGAAGGGGAGGCUGCAGGGGGAGCCGUCCCUGAGCAGGACCCUCUGGCUUACAGCAGUGACUGUGGAGGUGGACAGAGGGCCUGGGUUGGUUGCUUCUCUCAUCGACAUGACCAAAUACAGGGGCCAAAGUGACUUAUGGGAGGAAGAACUCAUUUUUGGCUCCUGGUUUCUGAUAAGUUUCAGUCUGUCAUGGCGGGGAGUUCAUGGUGGUAGGAGCUCAUUGCCUGGUGUAGACCAGGGAUCAGUGAGAAGCCUGCAGCCAGAAAAGGACCCCAAGCUGGAUUGUGCCACCUCAGCAUCUGCAGUGGUCUUUGUGACUCUUUCUACAUCCGGACACUGGAGGCAGCAGUCCCAACAUCACAGCCAGCCCUGUGAAGUACAGCCAUGGCUGCAAUGGUGGAGAUUCAGUUACCCCUGCCCAGCACUAGAUGGCGCCCGAGACAUCAAGAUGCCUCAACAACCUUCGCCUAGGCUUCUGGUGAGGCCUGGCCUUGCCCAGACCCCUCUGUGGCCCUGGAGCUUCGGCAUCUGGUAUGACAAUGGGUCCCACGCAGUCACAAAACCUGUGCCUCCUGAUGGAUUGACCUCACCAGUCUCAUAUUUGCAAGCCAAGCAGAGCCCCAGACAAUAAUUUCACAGUAAGAUAGCUUCCUGAAAGACAUAAUGCUGUCUCAAGCCAAAGAAGGGCCAUCCUUCAGGAUGCAGAUAUAUGCUUCGUCCUAAGUCGUUCAUUUCGUAAGCGCUGUCUCAGAUUCAAGAACACAUUACCCUCAUCUGUAAACUCUGCUGCAAUAAAAAAGGUGG